UCCCACAAAACGCUACGUCCAGAUGAACAGAAUCAACUUUUGGAGAUAUAUCAAAAGUUAAUACUGACUGCAACUUGAAUUAGAGCUCUGUUUUUCCGUAAGUUUCAUUUUAGUAUUUAGUAUUUAUUUAAGAAGUUAAGAUGUUAAUGCAUGCACACAGAUGUAUAUAAAAGAAGUCAAGUCCAUAAAAAGGGACAUAUUUGUGUUUAUUUUUAAGCCCGGGACUGGUAAAUGUGUUGUUUGAGUGCUGCAGUUGGUUUUUGGUGCUCUAAAGUUCAGUUGUUCAGUAUUCGUGCUCUGUUCCUACAUGUGAGAAAAAAGAAAGAAAGAAAUCAAAAGGAGAAGUGUUUCAAAAGGAUAACUUGUGUGAAGUAUUUUUGUACACCACAGGUUUUAGUUCAGGUUUCUGUCGUCUGUUCUGAUAAAUGACAUGAAGCAGCAGCCUUUCUUCUCAGUCAUGGAGGGCAGAGGGAAGAGAGCGCUUCAUUUCUUGAUCCUCGCUGCUUAUCUCGUGGUCUCACCUUCACCUUCUGCAGGUUGGAGCAGAUUAGCUGGAAAUGGGGCCACUCGGUGCUCUGGAAGAGUUGAAGUCAUUUACAUUGUCUCUGACUUUGUCUACUCCUGGGGAACAGUCUGUGAUGAUGGCUGGGACUUAAAAGAUGCUGAGGUGGUCUGUAGAGAGCAGAGCUGUGGGAUAGCUCUGGAGGCUCUUGGGUCUGCUUACUUUGGUCAAGGUACAGGAAAAAUCUUGCGCAGUAAUGUGGACUGUUCAGGAAGUGAAGCUUCUAUAGAUGUUUGUAGGUACAGAAGCUAUAUUAAAGAUAACUGUACCCAUGGUCGGGAUGCUGGCGUCGUCUGUUCAGAAACCCUCCCAGAUCCCACCCUCUCCUUGUACAGUAAUGAGGUCACCUGGGGUCAGGAUGUCAGCAUCACUUGCUCAGUCUCAGAUAAGUUCUCAGGUGGAACUUUUAUCCUCCAGAAGACUUCAGGCUCAUUCAGUCAUACUCAACCAUCCUCUACGAGCUCUGUUACAUUCAAUCUUCACAAUGUGAACUUCGAUCAUGAUGGACUGUACCAGUGUCAGUACAUGAAAACAAGCCGAAGGUUCAGCUCUUCCUCUGUCAGACUCACUGUUACUGUGAGACUGCAGACACCCAGCAUCUCCCUGACCUCUCCUAGUGCAGGUCUGGUCUGGGGUCCUGAAGGUGCAGAGAUCACCAGGGGUUACAGUUUUGUCCUCACCUGCUCCGUUAACUCCAGAUUUUCCAGUGGACGUUUCUUUCUCAUCUUCUCUGACUCCAACAUCACAGACAGCAAGCCAGCAGUCAACAACUCAGCCUCCUUUAGUUUCCCUGUAGCAGAGUAUGAACACCAAGGCAACUACAGCUGUGUGUAUGAAGUCACAGUGUCCACACGGACAUUCAAUUCUACUGCAACAGCACCCAUUACUGUCAUCAUUAAAUUUCCUUGGAUGCUGCUGGUCUCGUCUGUAGUUCCUGUGGUCCUGCUGCUCCUGCUGGUCUCGUUGGUGGUGUUACUGGUGCCCAGGAGAAGGAGACAAACACAGCAGGCCCACAUCCACACCACAGUGACUCUAAAAUCCUGCAAUGAAGAAGAUGACAUCAGUGACGAGGAGAGGAUCUAUAUGAAUGUUGAGACACUGAACACCUACAGGAAUUUUACCAAACAACUGGAAGGAGCGGAGAGAGAGGAAACAGAGGAGAAGAGAUAAAAUCCCUUCAAUAGAAGUGAUUUUAGUCUAAAUUGAGCUGUACAUAUAUAGUACGUACAUUUUUUUAAAGUAUAGAGUAAAAGAAUACAUAAAGUUGUUUUUAUUGUGAAGCCUGAAAAAGAUUUGUCUUUUAGAUGAUUAGUAAAAUGAUAUAAUCCAAGUAAUUUGCAAUAAAAACAAAAAACAACUUGUUCUUGGAGUAUUUGGAAAUUAAUUACACAAUAUAACUGCUACUAUCGCCAAAACAGUGACCUACAGCACACACCUGUAUUUAUUAUUCAGGCCACUCACCUGUCUGACUGUUACAUACAUACAGUCUCGGUCUUCGACAUCAUCAUGUAGAAUAUAUCUUUAGCCUAAAACAGAUACACACAAGCCUGGAUGCAUUAUGGCACCUUUUAACCAAUAGCUUCCCCUUUCCUGGCGUCAAACCACCUCUUUUCUGUGAACCAUUUCUGAAAAACUCAAAUGACUGCUUUUUGCUUUUUUGUAGUUUUCCCAAAAUAUGAAUAGAUAAAUAAGUUAACCCAGCUGAGUUAUUACGAAUCAUGCUUUUUUUAGCAGUCCGUGUAAAUUAUGUGUGCAGGAACAAGUGUUGGUUUCGACCAUUUCUUUUUCUAUAUAUUAAAGAGAAGUGGGACAGGUGGCUUUGCAGCCUUAAAAAAAUCUUCAUUGAUAAAAACACAAACCUUAGCUGUAACACACACACCUAUGGUAGGCAUUUAUUUAUUACUAUUGUCAUAGUUAUUUUGUCUGUGUCCCUGUAAAGAAAUAUGAAAAGCCUGUGUGGUUUUCACAUUCCUUUUUGUUAACUACAACAUUCAAACUAAAAUGUAAAUUAGUUUUUAGGGAGCACAAAAUGUUCCAGCAUGCAAAAUGCUGUAAAAGACUUAACAACAAACAAAUUAAAUUCUACAAUAACUGUAAUAUCUCUCAGGUAGAGGGUGAGGUAUUUCAGAAAAUCAAGCUGAGUAUGCUGCAGCUAUUAUCCACUGCUAAUACCUGCUACUCACUGAAUUGGAGCAAGAAGCUAUACUGCCCUCAAGUGGAAGAGAAUGUAACUGUUCUGCCUGUCACAACGCUCCGCUCGCUCGGAGUACCAAUCAGGUGAAUUUGGCAGCAGUGGUUGAGAAACACUGCUCUAUAGACACAGACCCUCUGCAUUUAUUUUACUCAAACUUUCCUAUAUAUAUAUAUUUUUUUUAUAUAAUGUCAUUUGUCAUGAUCUCACUUCUGCUGACCCAUGCCUUUCAUUUAUGGCUUUAAAAUAACAGCUAUGAAGCAGUGAUGUGUCAUGUUAGCUGUUUGUUGCCUUUGUUCCUCUCUCCUUGUGUCUCUUUCCCUCCUGUGUUUGCUUGACUGGUGGGAGCUCUAAGAUGCAACAAAGAGAGGAGGAAAGUAAUUAAGGGUGUAAAAUCUGAGAAGUGAAAAGAACGUGAAUGUUUUGUUUCCUGCAUUUGUUCAUAGUUUACUGAAAAAUGUACACUCUUCUUGGAAAAUUUGAAAGUAUCACAGGUCUGAUCUGAGUGCCUGAAACAUUUGCACAGUACAGCAUGUUUUUUGGACAAGUCUUUGCUUUUGAGUAAGUUUGUCGUCAUUUCACACCAACUGAUCUGUUGAGCUUUAUGUUUUACUAUAGACUGAGACGUUGCUGUGCAUCGGCUCAUAUGCCGAACUUUGCUACUCCGUACUUCGUGCUCAUUUUAAUUAUUUGUUAAUUGCUGUCCAGUAUCUCUAUAAAGUAAACAGUUUGAUGAUG